GUUGGUGAGAAGCUCUUCCUAGUUGCAACGUAGUUCCAGGUUUUCUCAAAGUACUUAAUUUGGUGACUAAGACGUAAAGUGAACCGAGAUAAAAUGGCUAUAAGUUUUAUACUACUAGGACUUCUUGUCUUCAGCGCUGGAGUGCUCAACAGACCAAACGAAAAGAGAUGUGCUCCAAAAUAUUUAUUCGAGCUGGAUACGUUGACUGAUUCAUCCAUAUCUGACUGCAAUAAGAAAAUAGAUAUGCUCAAGUAUGUUCCAGAAUUUACCGAAGAUAAAUACGAGUUGAAUGAUAACGCUAACUCAGUGCGUUUCUCAGAAUUUGGUAUGCAGACUGAUGUAGAAAAGUUUAUGGAAUCAAUUAAACCUAGGAUAUAUCAACAAGCUCGCGAAAACACUGCAGAUGACUUUAACGCUGCAAUAAUAACCGGAACAUUAUACGACCCAUUCGAAGAAGAAGAGAACUUGUUUCAAGAUUUGUGUGUUAUAAUUGGAGCCUUCCUAGCCACGUUCGCAGCUGUUCUGUUGGUAUGUUUUUGUAUAUCGACAGGCUACGAUGCAUGUUCAAAGUGGUGUGACUUCUUGUUUUCUUUCCGAAAAGUCAGGAAAAUGUUACCAGCAGCGGAAGAAGCACAAUACCAACAAAUAAUAGAAGUUGAAGAGGAUUGUGAGACCUAUGUAUAAACAUUCCUUGAAUUUUUCCUUUGGUAUUUUUUAUAUUAUAAAAUAUUUGUAUUAUUUUUUAUAA